AUGGAGAUCCCGGCCAAAUUGCCCUUCUCCAAGCGGCGUCUCCGACCGCGCGUGGUUAUUUCUGCCUGCGUGAUCGGCUUUGCCAUCCUCGACUCCCUUGAACCCUACCACCAACACUUCGCCCUACAAAACUACACCCUGCAAUAUCCAUAUGCCGUCCACGAACGCAUUCCGAUGUACUAUGCCCUCUGCAUCUCCGGCGCCUUCCCUCUCGUCCUGAUCAUCAUCUACACCCUCUUCAUCGAUGGCAUCUUCUCCCACAGCAAGCCGCAGGAUCCCGUUUCCGGCAAGCGCAAGCUGCGCGGGCCCUGGCGCUGGAAGGAUCGCCUUUGGGAGAUGAACUGUGGUAUCUUGGGUCUGGGGGUUACCUUUGUCAUUACCCAGGCACUCAAGACGGCGUGCGGCAAACCGAGACCGGAUCUCAUUGACCGCUGCCAGCCCAGGGCGGGGAGUGUUGAUCCCACAGUGUAUGGACUGUCCAAUUCGACUAUUUGCACGGGAGAUCCCAAGCUUAUCAAGGAUGGUUUCCGAUCCUGGCCAUCAGCCUCCUUCGCCGGCCUCUUCUACAUCGCCCUCUGGCUCGGCGGCAAACUCCACGUAAUGGACAACCGCGGUGAAGCCUGGAAAGCCCUCGUCUGCAUGACGCCCAUCCUCGCCGCAACCCUAGUCGCUGUAUCCCGCAUCAUGGACGCCCGUCACCACCCCUUCGACGUGAUAACCGGCUCCCUACUCGGCACGUCCUGGCGCAAAGGACGCGCUUACCCAAUCCGAACCUGGGGCACCGAACCCGCACACCCGAACGACCCGCUCAACAUGAAAUUACUGUCGUCCCAGGAAGCGUUACAUAACCCAGAGACGGACCGACUCAGUCCCGCGAACGAUAAUCUGAACGCUGGCGCCCCGCUGAAUCCAAAUCCGAAUCCGAAUUUGACGGCUGCGCCGAUGGGACCAGGGGCGUAUAGUGCUGACGGGAACCCGUUUGUCGCGGGACCUUAUCAGCGUCGCCGGAGACAUGAUCAUGAUCCGGACGGGAAUUGGUCGUCUAGCGAGGAGGAUGUCGGCAGAUACGAGAUGCAGCAUGGCUAUGACUCGCAGCAGAAUGUGAAUCGAUACUACCCGCCGCAGUAUGAGGGUGCGGGUGGUACGGCGUAUCAGUCGCAGACUCAUGUGCCUGUCGGUGCUGGUGCUGGUGCCGGCGCUGGCGUGGGAAUGGCUACGAGUACACCUCCCACUGCGCAUGGCCAGGGUCGACCGCUGACUGAUACCCCCAUUCGCGAUGCCUAUUUCGUCCAUGGCUAUCUCCAAGCAAACAUCCUCGCUCCGCCCUACAUCCUGGUCAUGUUCAUCGUCAGCGUCCUAGCCGUCUUCUGGUGUCUAGACACUCUGAUCCGGUACAGUUCGACCAAGCGCUCGGCGAUCUUCGUCUCUUUCGUGGACAUGCUUUUCUUCGGCGCCUUCAUCGCAGCCGUAUACCAGCUGCGCUUCAUCGCCAAUUCCGACUGCGGACACUGGGAAGGCGGCACCAACUCGGUCUGGGUCUCGCUGGGCCCCUUUGGCGAAUACGGCGCUCGCAUAAAUAGCCCGGAAUACAAGCUGAACAAGACCUGCGCUAUGCUGAAGACUUGCUUCGCCAUGGGUAUUAUGGAGGUCGUCUUUUUCAGCUGGACUGCUUUCUGGGCCCUCUUCAUCCAUACUCGUUCGCGCGAGGUCGUUGUUAAAGAGACUCAUGUUCGUCGCCGGAGUCACUCCAGUCGUCGGGGCCACUCUUCUGGUGGAUCGCAUCACCGUCAUCGCUCUUCGAGCCGGCGACCCGCUUAUGUGGUUUAA